AUGUGCGCUCUGGUCGCAUCGUCCUCAUGGGUCAUGCUUGCGACGUACCUAGGCAUGCCCGUGUCCACUACACAUUCCAUUAUCGGCGCGCUUAUUGGAAUCGGCGUUAGCGCGUACGGCGUGGACGCCGUGAACUGGGGCUGGAACGGCAAGGGCGUGGCGCAGAUCGCGACGUCGUGGGUGCUCGCGCCGACGCUGGCCGGUAUCCUGGCAGCUAUCAUCUACACCAUUACGCUAUACGCCGUCAUGAAACGCAAAAACUCCCUCCGCGCAGGCAUCUACGCCAUUCCAGUCUACUUCACCAUCACCACCUUCGUCGUGUCGUUCUACGUCGCGACAAAGAACGGCAAGUCGACGCUCGACUUCAAGCCCUCUACCACCGGCGGUGCCAUCAAGGUCAGCGGCAACGUCGCCCUCGCGUUCGGCAUCAUCGGCGGGGUUACCGGUGCGAUGCUCAUCUUCUGCGUCGCAUUCCUCGUGCCCUUCUUCAUCCGACGGCUGGAGAAGGAGGAGAAACUCAGGUGGUACCAUCUGUUCUUCAUCUGGUGCGUGCCGGAGCAGCCGCAGGACCCGAAAAUCGACCUCUAUCUGAAGCGCGCUUUUACGCCACAGCUGCUGAGCGACGACGAGAAGAAGGAACUGGGAAUGCCCGUGGAGGAUCCCGAGGACAUUAAGGAGAAGGAGAUUGAGAAGCCCGUGCCUAAGAACCCGGUCGUGCGCUUCGUCAAUCACAUGAAGCUGCUGCUGUGGCGGUCGAUCUUCAUGGACGUCGCGAGCCUGCAGCACGACAACAAGGGCGCGGUGCGCGCGCACGAGGUGGCGAUCCUGUACGACAACAAGACGGAGUACCUCUACUCCAUGCUGCAAGUCAUCACCGCCGCGUUCGCGAGCUUCGCGCACGGUUCCAACGACGUCGCGAACGCGCUGGGGCCCCUGGCCGGAGUGUACCAGAUCUGGGAAUCGGGAACGUUCAAGUCGGACGCGAGCGUGCCCACGUGGAUGCUCGCGUACGCCGGUCUCGCGCUCGACUUUGGCCUCGCCUUCUACGGUUACCACAUCAUGCGAAGCCUGGGCAACAACAUCACGUACCACUCGCCGUCGCGCGGGUUCUCCAUGGAGCUGGGCGCCGCGCUCGCCGUCAUCACCGCAUCCUUCCUAGCGUUACCGGUCUCCACCACUCAGUGUAUCGUGGGCGCGACCGUCGCCGUGGGGCUGUGCAACGGGAAUUGGCGGGCCAUCAACUGGAGCAUGGUGGCCGUGGCUGGGUUUGGUUGGAUUCUCACGCUCCCCCUAGCGGGUUCCUGCUCGGGUCUGCUGUAUGCGGUCAUCACGCGCGGGCCCAGCUUCACCAUGCCGCCGGGCAUGUAG